GUUCUGCUUCAUCUAUGGUAAUGCAGACCUUCAAAGAAGUGAGGACAAGUAAAUUGGUUCCAUGUGGCCCCACUUGGAAUCUCCCAGUGACAGGCCACCCCAAUCGCCCUGGCAGUAGUGAAGUCCCUGGAAGGCUGUCUGGCUGGGACAUUCAUACCAAGUAGUCUCAGUGUGUAGAGAGUGCUAUGUGGGCCUCUUCCACUUGGCCUCUUUAACUCUAAGCAGUUUAUCGAAUCCCUAUAGUAUAGAGACUCAACAAGUUGCACAGACUGUGCCUGGCUAGACCAGGAUUUCUGAUAUGGACUCAGGAGCCAACCUGGCAGUGCGGUCUGUAUAAACACUGCGCUCAGGACUUUUCUGUCUGCACCUCCGGCGGGCAGCUGCCAUCUAUCAACUAGAGGAGGGACCCUGACCAGGUCUCAAGUUGGUCGUCUUUUCCCUGCAUUUUGAGUUCUGAUUUCUGGAGGGCCGUUCAGCUGCAGUGAAGAUGGCCUUUACCUUGGUGCUGUGUGUACUUUUGUUUCUCCGUGCCUGUUUGGCACAGUCUGAACCUCCCUCCAGCUCCAGACCCUGCAAUGCUAGCCUGGACUGGGGCCAUGCAGAGUGUGCCAUCGACCAGAGCUGCAUCUACACACUGUAUCCACCGAGGAUUGAACUCGACAACUCUCCGGCGAACUACAAACUUCUGGCAGCCGACCGGGAGCUGAAGACGCUGCAGAGGAUGAUCAGCGAGCUGAAGGUCACCUUGAUCCAGUCAGGUGUGCUGGACUUUCAGCUGUUCCCCCUCAUUCGCAGCACUGAAAUCGACGUGAAGGUCGCCAGGAAGUCAAUGUCGGACGCUAUCGGUGGUAACAGGAAUCUGGAGUACACCUCAGACCGCGCAGCCAGGACGGUUGAGGAGACGGCGGAGAUAGAGUUUCAGGAGAUGCAGGGGAUGGUGGAGGACCUGCUCAUCUGGUGCAACGUCUGUCCCAAGGACGAGAACAAGGACAGGGUGGACGACGAACUCGGCACACUUAUCUACGCAGAACCCUCGCAAUGGGUCACCAGUGUGCUGGACUCUCUCUUAUAGGCCAUAGGGGGUUGUUGAACUUGAGUGAUGAACACUAUUGGUGCUACAUGUACAUGUACACAUGUAUCUACAUUUGCAUGUACAUGGUAAGUUUUAUAGAUCCUGGUCACAUUUGUAUGUUUCUAAUGUCAUAGGAUUUUGAAGCAGGCAGAACCAACAGCCAGGAGUCAAAGUCAGUCUUUUUGGUAACAUAUUAGGCAUUUCGUCAGUCUUACAAGACCAUGAAAGGUCUCCAUCUACACCAGGUAAUAACUGAUAUUUGAAUGAUAUAUGCAGUGCCCCCACAUCCCUUACCUGGGUUAAGGGACCAAGG